AUGUUCUUCUCAACCUCGACGGGCGUGCUGGCCCUGGCUGCUACCCAGCUGUUCAUCGGUGUCUCGGCUCAGCUCAAGACCUGCACCAACAACAGCACCCUGAGCUGCCACAGCUCGUCUAAGGCCCCAACCUGCUGCUAUAACUACCCCGGCGGUGCCCUGCUGCAAACCCAGUUCUGGGACACCAACCCGUCCACUGGUCCAUCCGACUCGUGGACCAUCCACGGCCUGUGGCCCGACAACUGCGAUGGCACGUACCAGUCCAGCUGUGAUCCUUCGCGGGCCUACACAAACAUCACGGCCAUUUUAAAGGAGCAGGGUCGCAACCAGUUGCUGUCGUACAUGGACCAGUACUGGGUGAACAUCGACGGCGAUAACGAGUCCUUCUGGGCGCAUGAGUGGGGCAAGCAUGGUACCUGCAUCAAUACGAUUGAUCCCAGCUGCUACACCAACUACACGCCGCAGGAGGAGGUCGGAGAUUUCUUCCAAAAGGUUGUGAACCUGUUCAAGUCUCUGGACACCUACACGGCCCUUUCCAAUGCGGGAAUCACCCCCGACAGCUCCAAGACCUACAGCCUGGGCGAUAUCGAGGCAGCCCUGACCAAGGUGCACGGCGGCUCGCAGGCCUAUGUCGGCUGCGAGGACGGCUCCCUGAACCAGGUCUGGUACUUCUUCAACGUCCGUGGCAACGCCAUUAAUGGCCAGUACCAGGCGACCGCACCGCUUUCCAAGUCGACCUGCCCCAGCAGUGGUAUCAAGUAUGCGCCCAAGAGCGGCAACUAG